UUCCAUCUCAGGCUAGAUUUCUUACACCACAUUCCGUCCUAGGCUCCUUUUUUCCCACCACAUUCCAUCUCAGGCUCUAUUUCUCAUAUCAUAUUCUAACCUAGGCUUAUUUCAUAAGCAUUUGUGGAGUUACUCCAUGCGAAAUCACCUCAUGGAUUCUAAAGUCACGAUACGAUUUGAGAAAGGCUAUCGGCCCCUUAGCUUCCAGGAGGCUUUACAGGACCCCUCAACCCUUACGGCCAUUAUUGACGCGUUUCUUGUUAUUCCUGCGGACGACGAAACAUUAUCUAAAAUUGAACUCUAUAGUGCUUUUCAGAAGUCAAUACAAGAGCCCAUUAAAACCUUACCCUACGGACUUAAAGCUACCCUCGAAGAAUGCCAGGCAGAAACUCUGGACAAGAACUCGUUAGAAUGGAAGUUUUUCAAGCUUGGUGGGACAUUUGCUCUAACGGCCGUCGCUAGGGCGUACAAAUAUAACAAACGAAUUGGGACAAUAAUAAGCAAGCUCACUGAUGAGCAAUUGGGAGAAUUUACGAGAAAGAUUAUGGCUGUUAAGCCUGCUAGUGAAUUUUCAUACACAGUCGCGAAACUUGAGAACGGCGAUGUGCGGAAGCGUAAUCUACCUGCCGCGGAUCGGCGAAUUUUAAAAUUUGGCAAGAAACGCCGACAUGUCAGAACAAAACCCCAGGAUAAAGCCUGGGACGAAUCGCAUUUCACAGACCAAAAGUUAUUAGAAUUGGCAUAUGGUGAGCAGUCGGAAGAUACGGAUUCGAGGCGGGAAAUGAAUGCGGUUACGCUGGAAUCUAAUAUGGACCCGUUCCCAGAGCUGGAUCCUACCUAUAUUGCCUGUCAAGUAUACCCAAUGCCGGAAUUGUAUGCUACGGCCCAUGUUGUCACGAAAGUGUCUGAGCUAACGAUGUCGCUUAGGUUUACACCUGGAAAGAAUCCCCAUUGAAUGACAAGCUGUACUUCGCGGCCGACCGAUGCGAACCUUACACCUUCACGAUCACGAUGGAAGUAUGCUCUCCAAGUGUAACUUCAUCUUCGCUCUCAAGCUUAUACGCCAUACCGCGAUCCUUCAGCGUCUCAGACCUCACUGUAAAUUGCCCAAGAAGAAUGAAUAUAAUGCAGGGUGUAGUAAUGGGCGUCGUGACACUCUUGAUAGUACUCCGAACCUCUCCAGAUGCUACCAAAUCAAGCUAUGGGUUGUCAGUACGACAAUUCCUUUCAACUUGCAUGGAACUUUACAUGGUCUAAGACGAGGCUAACAAUCUCGUCAUCUGGUCGCCUAAGCUUUGUCCAUAGGUUUUGGAUUUCAGCAGGACUUUUUUGAGAACGUUCGGUGACAGGCAUCGGCUCGGAGGUGAAUUGCUCGGGGGGGAAUCUAACGAGGUUCUAGUUCUCGCAAAGCUCAUCUGUCUCAUGGUGUUCUAGCACAAGGAAAACUUUGC